AUGGAACAAAGAAGCCAUGAAAUCAAAGGAGAACCUGAAACAACAUACCAGAACAAAGAGCUUACUAACAAUAAGAAAAUAACUGACAACCAUAAUUAUCAGUCAAAUAUCAGACAUAUGAAGCAUAAUAUUAUUAGAAAUAACCAACCCAGCAGUGCGGAUAACACCCUUACUACUCUGAAUUACAACCACACUCAAAAUCUCAACGAGCAACUUAAAGAGAAUGUCAAUAGAAAGAAUAACAUAUCAGACAACACUCCCUUCAACUACCAGGCGAGACCAAAGGACAACAUCCAAAGAGAGCCCAAAAUUUUUUUCAAGCUAUCAACUCCUCAAGCCAUAGGGAUACGAGAAACCAUCAGAUUGAAGAUAUCUCUAGGACCAACGAACAAGACCAGCGAAGAAAUCGCCACAGCUCAGAAGGGGAAGAGUCGAACAACAAUAAUAACAAGCAUCAAAACAACAUGCAUCAGAGUCAAAAUAUCAAUAACAAUCAAAAGGGAAUCAGAAGACCUAGUGGUACGAAAAUAA